UCUCGCGGGAAGAGCGGCGGACACGGCUGUGGCUUGGUCUCCUGGCUGCGCGCGGAGCUGGAGGGUUCUCCUCACACAAGCGCUUCCUCGGGGAGAGGUUCGAGUUGCGGCAGCUGCAGGCCUGGGCCGCCCCUUCGCUGCCGCCUGCUUCUCUUCUCUCAGGGCUCCCCGGUCCGCUCGCCCUGCUUCUCUGCCCAGGAGUUUGACAAGAAACUGAAGUUUUGAUCAGAUAUAUUUUGAGUUUGAAACCAGAAAUGUACUAGAGUUUAGAUUCUUUCCUUUGAUUAAGGUAUGGUCUGAAUAUGCGUUGCUUGGCAGCUCGGGUCAACUAUAAGACUUUGAUUAUCAUCUGCGCACUCUUCACUUUGGUCACAGUACUCUUGUGGAAUAAGUGUUCCAGCGACAAAGCGAUCCAGUUUCCACGGCAUUUGAGUGGUGGCUUCAGAGGGGAUGGAUUGGAAAAAAGAGCGGCAGCAUCUGAGAGUAACAACUAUGUGAACCACAUGGCCAGACAGUCUGAGGAGGGAUUCCCUCAGGAACAGCAGAAAGCACCGCCUGUCGUUGGAGGCUUCAAUAGCAAUGGGGGAAGCAAGGUGUUAGGGCUCAAAUAUGAAGAAAUCGACUGUCUCAUAAAUGAUGAACACACAAUUAAAGGGAGACGAGAGGGGAAUGAAGUCUUUCUUCCAUUCACCUGGGUAGAGAAAUAUUUUGACGUUUAUGGAAAAGUGGUUCAGUAUGAUGGCUAUGAUCGGUUUGAAUUCUCUCAUAGCUAUUCCAAAGUCUAUGCACAGAGAGCCCCUUAUCACCCUGAUGGUGUGUUUAUGUCGUUUGAAGGCUACAAUGUGGAAGUCCGAGACAGAGUCAAGUGCAUAAGUGGGGUUGAAGGUGUACCUUUAUCUACCCAGUGGGGACCUCAAGGCUAUUUCUACCCAAUCCAGAUUGCACAGUAUGGGUUAAGUCAUUACAGCAAGAAUCUAACUGAGAAACCCCCUCACACAGAGGUAUAUGAGACAGCAGAAGACAGGGACAAAAACAGCAAGGCGAAUGACUGGACCGUGCCAAAGGGUUGCUUUGUGGCCAGUGUGGCUGAUAAGUCUAGAUUCACCAAUGUUAAACAGUUCCUUGCUCCAGAAACCAGUGAAGGUGUAUCUUUGCAACUGGGGAACACAAAAGAUUUUAUUAUUUCAUUUGACCUCAAGUUCUUGACAAAUGGAAGUGUGUCCGUGGUUCUAGAGACCACAGAAAAGAAUCAACUCUUCACUGUACAUUAUGUCUCAAAUACCCAGCUAAUUGCUUUUAAAGAAAGAGACAUAUAUUAUGGCAUUGGGCCCAGAACUUCAUGGAGCACGGUUACCAGGGACCUGGUCACUGACCUCAAGAAAGGAGUGGGUCUUUCCAACACAAAAGCUGUCAAGCCAACCAAAAUAAUGCCCAAGAAGGUGGUUAGGUUGAUUGCAAAAGGGAAAGGAUUCCUCGACAACAUUACCAUCUCUACCACAGCCCACAUGGCCGCAUUCUUUGCUGCCAGUGAUUGGCUGGUAAGGAACCAGGAUGAGAAAGGUGGCUGGCCAAUAAUGGUGACCCGUAAGUUAGGGGAAGGGUUCAAGUCUUUAGAGCCAGGGUGGUACUCUGCCAUGGCCCAAGGGCAAGCCAUUUCUACAUUAGUCAGGGCCUAUCUGUUAACAAAAGACCAUAUAUUCCUCAAUUCAGCUUUAAGGGCAACAGCCCCUUAUAAGUUUCUGUCAGAGCAACAUGGAGUUAAAGCUGUGUUCAUGAAUAAACAUGACUGGUAUGAAGAAUAUCCAACCACACCUAGCUCUUUUGUUUUAAAUGGCUUUAUGUAUUCUUUAAUUGGGCUGUAUGACUUAAAAGAAACCGCAGGGGAAAAGCUUGGGAAAGAAGCAAGGUCCUUGUAUGAGCGGGGCAUGGAAUCCCUGAAAGCCAUGCUCCCCUUGUACGACACGGGCUCAGGAACCAUCUAUGACCUCCGGCACUUCAUGCUUGGCAUUGCCCCCAACUUGGCCCGCUGGGACUAUCACACGACCCACAUCAAUCAGCUGCAGCUACUCAGCACCAUUGAUGAGUCCCCAAUCUUCAAAGAAUUUGUCAAGAGGUGGAAAAGCUACCUUAAAGGCGGCAGGGCAAAGCACAACUAGAGCUCAGAACCAAAAUGCUGUCUCAGCCUCUGCUGCACACAGAAACUGCGGGCUCCGUCUCAGCAGAGCA